GAUAACGCGUCGUCAUUGGGCGCAAGAAAACUCCACAUUUAUAAUAGUUUUAACGAAAAUAACGCAUUAAAAUGUCUUCAACAGAAGCAGACACUGUUCUGUACAGCAUUUUAGCUUUAGUUAUUAUUGAAAACGCUGUGGAGAUUUACAUAUCGCUGCGGCAAGUGAAAGUAUACCGAAAUGCACUGAAAGUGCCAGAGGAGCUGACGUCACACAUGACGGAGGAGACAUUCCACAAGGCGCGCCGCUAUGGCUUGGACCAGGAGACAUUUGGCAUCUUCAAGGCGGUGCUGAUGGAGGUCCUACUGCUUUGCCUAGAGCUGAACGUCGGCCUGAUUGCCGUGAUCUGGAAAAUGUCGGUGGAUGUGCUCGACAAGCUGGAGUGGGACGCCAGCAGUGAGAUUCUGGUCAGCUGUGUCUUUGUGGUCAUCUCGAAUGUGUUCAGCACAUUCAAGUCGCUGCCCUUCAAGAUCUACAAAAUCUUUGUGCUGGAGGAGACGCACGGAUUCAAUAAGCAAACGGCCGGCUUCUUUGUCUGGGAUCAGGUGAAGGGCUUCCUGGUCACCCAAGUGCUCAUGAUUCCCAUCACGGCGGCAUUAAUAUUCAUAGUGCAAAUCGGCGGCGACAACUUCUUCAUUUGGCUCUGGCUGUUCACUGGCACGCUCUCACUGCUCCUGCUCACCCUCUACCCAAUCUUCAUCGCUCCGCUCUUCGACACGUACACGCCGCUGGAGCAGGGCCCCCUGCGACAGUCCAUCGAGGAUCUGGCCGCCUCGCUGAAGUUCCCCCUCACCAAGCUGUUCGUUGUGGAUGGCUCGAAGCGCUCCUCGCACAGCAAUGCCUACUUCUACGGACUGUGGAACUCGAAGCGAAUCGUGCUCUUCGACACUCUGCUGCUGAACAAGGGCAAGCCAGACGCCUCGGAGCUGUCCGAUGAUGAGAAGGGCAAGGGCUGCACCAACGAGGAAGUGCUGGCCGUCUUGGGACACGAACUGGGCCACUGGAAGCUGGGCCACGUCACCAAGAACAUAAUCAUCAUGCAGGUUCACCUCUUCCUGAUGUUCCUCGUCUUUGGCUACCUCUUCUCAUAUGCGCCCUUCUACGUGGCCAUGGGCUUCGAGCCGGGCACUCGUCCUGUACUGGUGGGCCUGCUGGUGGUGUUCACCUACGUGCUGGCGCCGUACAAUGCCAUCAUUAACUUUGCCAUGACCAUCCUGUCGCGCCUGUUCGAGUACCAGGCCGAUGAGUUUGCCUUCAAGCUGGGCUUUGCCGAGCAGCUGGGCCGUGCGCUGAUCAAGCUGAAUCUGGACAACUUGGGCUUUCCCGUCUACGAUUGGCUGUACUCCACCUGGAAUCACUCGCAUCCCACGCUGCUGCAGCGCCUCAAUCGUCUGCAGGAGCUGAAGGAGAGCAAGAAACUAAACUAAAAACAGACCAAAGUAUACUCCGUAUUCCCCCACUGUAUGUUAGCAAGUAAAAUAAAGAAAGGGCAGGGGCUGGGAGUACCCCAAA